CGGCAGAGGUCUCUGCGGCGCGGUCCUCGGAGACACGCGGCGGUGUCCUGUGUAGGCCAUGGCCGACUACCUGAUUAGUGGGGGCACGUCCUACGUGCCAGACGACGGACUCACAGCACAGCAGCUCUUCAACUGCGGAGACGGCCUCACCUACAAUGACUUUCUCAUUCUCCCUGGGUACAUCGACUUCACUGCAGACCAGGUGGACCUGACUUCUGCUCUGACCAAGAAAAUCACUCUUAAGACCCCACUGGUUUCCUCUCCCAUGGACACAGUCACAGAGGCUGGGAUGGCCAUAGCAAUGGCGCUUACAGGCGGUAUUGGCUUCAUCCACCACAACUGUACACCUGAAUUCCAGGCCAAUGAAGUUCGGAAAGUGAAGGUCAGAAGGGCAAGGAUCAUUAGCAAGCGCUCCUGGGAAUUACACUGAGGUGGGGUGGGGUGGGAGUAGGGUUUGUUCUAUUAAUUUAGUAUUCUUUCUUCCCACCAUGGGGUUCAGUUACUGAGAAGACCCUGAGAUUCUGUUUCUUAAAGCAGCAGCAAUAGACCAGGUGGACAGUGCCUCCAGCCUACCCAUGUCUCUAAGAUGUGUUGGUGUGAUUUGGUCUUGUGGCACUGCCAAAGGGAUCGAUAAGCAGAGACCCCAUGCUUCAGAUCAAGAGCCUGAUAAAAGUAGUUCAAAGAUGCGAUGCCCUUUCUCACCAUCCCUUUCCAGAAAUACGAACAGGGAUUCAUCACAGACCCUGUGGUCCUCAGCCCCAAGGAUCGCGUGCGGGAUGUUUUUGAGGCCAAGGCCCGGCAUGGUUUCUGCGGUAUCCCAAUCACAGACACAGGCCGGAUGGGGAGCCGCUUGGUGGGCAUCAUCUCCUCCAGGGACAUUGAUUUUCUCAAAGAGGAGGAACAUGACUGUUUCUUGGAAGAGAUAAUGACAAAGAGGGAAGACUUGGUGGUAGCCCCUGCAGGCAUCACACUGAAGGAGGCAAAUGAAAUUCUGCAGCGCAGCAAGAAGGGAAAGUUGCCCAUUGUAAAUGAAGAUGAUGAGCUUGUGGCCAUCAUUGCCCGGACAGACCUGAAGAAGAACCGGGACUACCCACUAGCCUCCAAAGAUACCAAGAAACAGCUGCUGUGUGGGGCAGCCAUUGGCACUCAUGAGGAUGACAAGUAUAGGCUGGACUUGCUCGCCCAGGCUGGUGUGGAUGUAGUGGUUUUGGACUCUUCCCAGGGAAAUUCCAUCUUCCAGAUCAAUAUGAUCAAGUACAUCAAAGAGAAAUACCCUAAUCUCCAAGUCAUUGGAGGCAAUGUGGUCACUGCUGCCCAGGCCAAGAACCUCAUUGAUGCGGGUGUGGAUGCCCUGCGGGUGGGCAUGGGAAGUGGCUCCAUCUGCAUUACGCAGGAAGUGGCUCCCAAGAUCCCUCCAGACAUAAAGUCCCACAGCCCCAAAUGCCCUUCUACUGUCACGGGUUGCUAUAUGCUGGCCUGUGGGCGGCCCCAAGCAACAGCAGUGUACAAGGUGUCAGAGUAUGCACGGCGCUUUGGUGUUCCAGUCAUUGCUGAUGGAGGAAUCCAAAAUGUGGGUCAUAUUGCGAAAGCCUUGGCCCUUGGGGCCUCCACAGUCAUGAUGGGCUCUCUCCUGGCUGCCACCACUGAGGCCCCUGGUGAGUACUUCUUUUCCGAUGGGAUCCGGCUAAAGAAAUAUCGCGGUAUGGGUUCUCUCGAUGCCAUGGACAAGCACCUCAGCAGCCAGAACAGAUAUUUCAGUGAAGCUGACAAAAUCAAAGUGGCCCAGGGGGUGUCUGGUGCUGUGCAGGACAAAGGGUCCAUCCACAAAUUUGUCCCUUACCUGAUUGCUGGCAUCCAACACUCAUGCCAGGACAUUGGUGCCAAGAGCUUGACCCAAGUCCGAGCCAUGAUGUACUCUGGGGAGCUUAAGUUUGAGAAGAGAACGUCCUCAGCCCAGGUGGAAGGUGGCGUCCAUAGCCUCCAUUCGUAUGAGAAGCGGCUUUUCUGAAAAGGGAUCCAGCACACCUCCUCGGUUUUUUUUUUUUCAAUAAAAGUUUAGAAAGAAAAAA